CAGAGACCACCACCACCGAAAGAUUCUGUUUUAAUGGAAGUCUUUGUAUCUUGUACUUCUUUGUGGAAACGUUGUCACUGCGCACCAACAAAGCUUGCGACAGGGUACCUUUCAAGGACAUAUAAGAACACCAGGUAUUCGAGCCCAGGCUAAGCAGAGGAAGAAAGGUAAUUAAACCUUAGUAUCCAAGCUCAAAUGGGCACCUUUGUCGGACACAUAAUUCCUAGUUUGGUCUUGACUCUCCUUGGUCUAUGGCACACUUCCAAUACCAUCAAAGCUUACAUUCUCAAAGGCCCAACUGGUUUUAGCUCAAGAUUUUGGUACCCACUCAAUCCUUCACCAUUCAAAGUUAAACAUUUGGAACUAAUCCUCAUCUUUACCUUCUCCAUCCUUGCCAUUGUCAUGGAAAUACUAGACUACCCUCUCUUCCAAUUCUCUUUCAAGCUCAAUGACUUUGAGCAUGCAACCAUGUUCCUCCAUCUUGCCAUCUAUGCCGGUGUAACACUUGCUGUUGAGUUAACAGAUUUGCAAGAUAGCUUAUCAGGGCUAGUUAGCAUCCUAGCAGCCUCAGUCUUUGGUCAAGAGCUGUUUCUAAUCCAUUUCCACUCUGCCGACCAUACUGGUCUCGAAGGCCAUUACCACUGGCUUUUGCAGCUCAUAGUGUUUGUUUCACUUGCGGCAGCCAUCGUAGCAAGUGUUUCUCCGAGCAAUUUCGUGGCAGCUCUUGUUCUUUCAAUUACUGUUGUGUUUCAAGGGUGUUGGUUUAUGAACAUGGGAUUCAUGUUAUGGGUACCACAGUUUAUUCCUAGAGGCUGUGUCUUGAGGUUGAAUGGAGAUGACAAGCAUGGAGCAGUUGCAUGUGAGGCAAAAGAGGCAACUCUAAGGGCAAACGCAUUGGCUAACCUGCAAUUCAGUUGGAUACUUGCAGGAAUUUUAAUAUCUACAGCAAUUUUGAGCUUGGUAAUGGCUAGAAGGUGUACAGUAAGGAACAGAUCAAUUCACUAUGAGAAACUCCGUAGUAAAGGUAGUGAUGUAGCUCAAAUCUCAAUGGAAAUAGACUGCUCGAAGUUGGUUCAUACUUAAAAAAAUCAUGUUCUUGAUGGUUGAGACAUACUUGGAGAAAAACUAAUCCUGUAUCUGUA